AUGUCUUACCAGAGAGCUCUCAGCAGCGAAGAGGCGACGGACGAGAGCCCUGAGUCGACGGCCAGUAUGUACGAGCAGGCGGGGAUCGACAUAUUCGUCAAAGUGACUACAGGCGUGCUCGGGCCCGGUAGUGGCAUCUGCUUUGCUCUGCAUCUCUCCCCGAGAGUCGCAGGCUUCCUUUCUGGUCAAGUUGAAAUUAGUGCUUUUGCGGGUUGUACGGAAUUUGAAUUUGGCCGGACAAAACACAUGCAGUGUCUCCACGCAAUGAUGCAAAUUCCCGACUACAUCGCCGAAGCAAAGAUGAGAGAUUUCAGCUGAAAAUGGUAUUCCUGUUGGCACAAAUUUUUCAUAAUCCCGGGAAUUGUGUUGCUUAGAUCGCUCUGUAGAUGCGUACAGAUGGAAUCACUGGCCUAGAGCAAAUAAACAAGUGUAGAUUUUGAAUGGCCCAAGGAGAAAUAUCAAAACGUUGGAAUUUGGACAUGUAUAUUCGUAGAAUUUCCUUUUCAAGAGGUUAUGCCUUUUACAAGUAUGUCGUUCGUAGAGCUUCCUUUGGAGAAGCCAUGCUUUUUGUGUCGUCGCCGCAACUGUCACCGACCACGCCAAUGCUCGUUAUCCUCGUCUGAAUCGCCGCCUUCUACUUGGUCUUCAGCAUCGAUGAGAGCCAUCUGAACAAAGUGUCGGAUCCACGCCUCUUGAGCAGGAUCGAGCACGCCGUCGUCGUUGUUCUCGGGAUUUGGGUUCUGCUGUCUUGCUACCGCUGCUGCCGCUGCUGCUGCAGGUUCGCCACGAACCAUGCCGCCUCGACCUGGGCCUCCGCCUUCUCGUCGUCGAGCUCCUCCUCGCCCACCAUCAUGGCCUCGACGGGCAUCGCCUCUGGCGCCCCUGGCGCGAUUGGCGGCAUUGCCUCUGCCAUUGUAGUUGACAGCUUGGCCUGCACCGCGAUGUUGGCCAUGUGCAUUAUGAGCACGUCCUCUGCCGGCCCCU